AAUUGGUUGUGGAACGAACGAAAGAGGUGGCAGACGCUCAAAAAGUUGAAUUAACAGAUAAUUAUGUGAGCAUUUGAAUACGUGUAGUGUGACGAGAAUUUCAUAUAAUUUUUAUAACGUAUUGUGUAAUGUGAUGAUGUGGCGCCAAGAAUAUAAUUUUCAAAGUUUUUUUUUGCCAUCAAUUCGAAUGUAGGUAUGAUUAACUAUAAGAUUUUUCAUUAGUCCUCCAAAUUGAGAACAAGCGUGUUUAUUUUAACGUUUUAGUAUAUUUAUUCAGAAUUUUAUUACAUUUUAAAAUUUAUUGCAAACAAAUUGACGUGUAAGGACGCGUGUGCCAGGUGUUGAACCGCUUGUGGCUUUUCAAAGAAGCUGACGUUUGUAAUCGUGCGUUCAAGAUGCUGACAGGCGCGGGGCGUCUCGGCCGGCAGCGGCAUGAGCUCCGUCGCUGAGGACAAGGAGAGCGUCGGGAGACGGCCCGCGGACCCGGCGGCGAAGGCCGCCGACAUGUCGAGGCCGAGCCAGGGCCAGAACCCCCAGCCCCAGCCCCAGCCCCAGCUGGCCCACCUGCGGGUCGCCAGGACCCAGACGGUGGGUCUCUCCGUCAGCAGCCAGACUGCCGUGUCCACGUACUCCCAGACCAUGCUGAAGCAGGUAAGUGUCUCCCGAGGCACGCUGCCAAUGCCCUCUCCCGUGGGGUCGCCUCUCACCAUCAGGUCUCCUCUCGUGGCGCAGACGACCGUCUCGACAGCUACCCACGUCUCCACCACCUAUCAUGUUCCUAGAGGAGCAGCGGCGGUCGCCAACAUUGCGGCCCCUCGCUCGGCCGUGGCGACGCCCAUCGUGAGAGCUGCUGCACCAACUCUGCAGACGACCGGCGUGUCUGUGACUCCCAGUUUCAGCCCCGGGCUGCGCUGCCUGGGACCGGCCCCGCUGUUGCCCCGGGCCUCCAGCCCGGCCCCGGCGGCCGCCUGGCUCGCCGCGUCCCCGCCGCUCGCCAUCGCCAAGUGCUCCUCCCCGGGCCCCGCCCUGGCCGCCAUGCGUCCCCAGACCAUCGCCGCGGUGCCCGCCUACACCCAGGGCCGGCCAGCCGCAGCUGCAGCUGCAGCGAGGUCGGUGACGGGCCAGGGCAGCGGCCGGCUCCAGGCGGAGUCCCCCAGGCCGACGCUCGUCCACUCUGCCACCCAGAAGCCCGUGGUCAGCACGCAGGUCGGCCAGCUGCACUUUGCGGAGAAGAUGUUCAAGUCGUCGGUGUCGGUGGCCCAGGUGGUCCCCCAGGGCCCCCCGCCGCGUCCCUCCGCGGCCGCGCGCAUCGCGGUGGGCGCGUCGCAUCGCCCGGGCGUGCCGGCGCCCGGCCGCGCUCGCCUGGGCCUGGUCUCUGCCCAGCCGGCCCCUGCUGCGCAGGCGCGCUUCGCCGUGGCCGCCGGCCCCAAGGUGAUGGCGCAGCCGAGCCACGCAGCGUCCAUCCAGAUCACGCAGGUGCCGGUCAGCUCGGGCAAGGCGGCACAGUCCCUGCAGCAGACCAUCACUCGCAGCAUCUCGUACGCGGGCGUGACGACUACGUCGGCGGCGGGCAGCGUGGCGGGGAUCCGCCCCAUCGCCGUGGCCUCCUCGCCGGGCAUCCCCGUGGCGAAGGUGUUCCCGACGGCCGUGGGGGCGUGCCGGCCGGCCGCCCCCGCCGUGUCGGAGGUGUCCCUCCCGGCGGCCGCCCCCCAGGCCCCCCCGCAGGCGACCAGCGUCUACAUCCAGACCUCCCACCGGGCGUCCCCAGCUCCCAGCGGUCAGGCAGCCACGUCCACCUACUCCCUGCCGACCACCUACUACUACGAGACUCCGAGCGGCUACCAGCUGGCACGCCCCUUCCAGCCCGUCCCCACGACGGCCCCCGCCGCCCCCGCCGCCCCCGCCGUCCCCGCGGCGGCCGUGCAGCUGCCCCGACUGACCGCCCCGUCCAUCGGAGGCGUGGUCAGCGCAACGCAGGCCCAGUCUGUCAAGUUCAGUCCCGUCAUGGUGGUGGAGUCUUCCAGGACCCCUCUGCCGGUCCACUCCUCCUUCGUCACCGAAGGGGUGCUGGCCGUGGCGGAGGCCCAGCCGCUCCCCGUGCCGGCGUCCGUGCCCACGCCCGUGACCCAGGCCAACCCGUCCUCCCCGGUCGUGUCCAAGCUCACCGCCUCUCCGCGCCCCAGCAUCCUCCGCAAGAGAGAGAACGAUGGGUCUCCGCUGAAGGCCCAGAAGAACCUGGUGCCGGUGCUGGCGGCCCUGAGCGCUCCCCCCGCGUCCCCGCCCUCGCCACGCCGCCCCGACUCACGGGGCAACGGGGGCAACUCCUCCGGGGGGUCCACCACCAUCUCGGCCACGUCCUCGCCGGGCCUCAACGAGGCGGGCGACGACUCCAUGCCCGCCGCCCCCGCCAAGCCGGAGCCACCCGUCGAGAUGAGCCCCCGCAAGAAGCCUCGCAAGCAGCAGCUUACUAGAAAUGAGCUUCCAGAUACCAAAUUCAGUGAUGAUGAAAUGGAAUUUCUUCCUGAGCAGAAGACAAAAGAUGUCAAGGAAGCAGUCCAUGCUGCGAGCGAGGAGAAGGCGUGCGCGCCGCCGAAGCGGCCCCAGAUCUCGCUCAUCAACAGCUACCGCCACACGUGGAAGUCGCGGCACAACCACUUCCUGCGCUACGGCGACGUGAAGCCCAAGGACGAGCGCCGCCCCACGGUGGCCGACCUGGCCGGCCAGAGGCACGUCCUGCAGAAGCUCGGCGGCUGGAAAAUCUACCACCUCAGCACGCAGAUGGAGGAGCUGGCAGAGUUGGAGAGUCAUGUGGUUGAAAAGUUGUCUGCCAUUUUGAAGGUAAUGGAGAAGAAGACAGAAAAAGAAGUGGAAAAAGAUGUUAACAGGCUGAAUGAGCUCAUCAAAGGAAACAUGCAGCGGAGCAAGAUCAUCAAAGAUCAAAUGCAAGAAGCAGAGAUUCAAGUGAAAAAAAUUGUCGACCAUAAGGAUCACGUGACGGACAUCAUCAGUAAAUGUGCCAAUAAGCGUUACGUGAAGAAGCGGGAGAAGAUGUAACAUGCACGUCUUGAGGCCAAAAAAUGAAGAGGCUGCAGCUACGUCAUACAAGCAGCUUUACGGACUAUUUUUUGAAGACCUUCAGAUUUAUCCGCGUCACAAUUACUGUGGAAGCUGCCGAUGGAUUUACUAAACAAUCCCCAUAUUUUUUUAUGCAAAUGGAAUGUUUAUACCGGUUUAUGAUAAGGUUAGGAGUUAGCAGAUUUAUUUGGCUCAUUUAACAAGGAUAAUGUUGUACAGAACAUUAUAAAAUUGUUAAAUUGUCAGUGUUAGUGGUGGGUAGGACAUCUACCUGAAAUGUAAUAGAAAAAUGACAAGUAGUUGGUGGUCAGCAUGAGGUAAUAAUUCACCCAAAUGGAGCAUUUACAAUACAAGCCAUAAUUUACAUUCUUAUGGUUUGUAUUGUUUUUUUGUUUUUUUUUACAUACCAUGUGCCAAUUAAUCUAAGUAUCUUUGGAAGACAAGAUUUUUUAAAGUUUAUUAAGAAUUACUAUUAAUGCCUUGCUUCAGUUAUUUGGCUUGGAGUGCCAUUUAUUACAACCAGUGAUUUGAAAGUGCAUAAAAUGUCAAUGCAGUAAAAUGAAUAUUCUAUAUUACAAAUAAUAAUUUUUUUUAUCAAUGUUUGAUACAGUUUCAAAUCUCUAUACUUCAAAUAAUGACAAUUUUUUUAUUUUAUUUUUAAGCUGUUUACCAUCUCAGUUGUGAAUCAACAUUAAGGUACCUAAGUCAUUUUUGUUCAGUAUGAAUGUGUACAUACCCAAAUUCGUUGUAUUAUUGGGGCUGACUGAUAUAAUUAGGCAUAAAUUAGGUAUAGUUUAGUUUCAUGUUUUUUGUGAAUAGCAGAAUAAGUAAAGUUCAGAAUGUGGGAUAGUUUGCAUUCUGAAAUUUUUUUUAAUACAUUUAAAUAAUGUAUACAUUAAGUUUGGAAGCACUGCAAAAUAAUACCUAAAAACACUAAAGCAUACACCUUUUGUAACCAAUAUAAGAAAUAUUCAUUGCUGUUGCAUGAAAGCAGGCAUGAGUUACUUUUAAUGUGUAACAUUCAAUCUUAUUAAAAAAAAAAAAAAUCCAUUCUAAUUGUUUGAAUAUAAUAUUUGUAAUAUUCAUACAGGCAUAAAAAUACAUUGGAACUGCAUUUCGAAGCAGGUAUUCCAGCGAAACAUCUCAAAAUUAUAAUGGUUUUCUUUCUGUGUUAAUCUUUCUUUAAGUUCCUGAGUAUGUGUGUUCCUGAUCAUUUUACAUCUAACAUGAGCUACUGUUUUAAUGCAAACUUAUACUGUUCUGUGCAUACGUGUGCUAACAUUCCUCACCAAGCUUAACACAUUUGCACAUAGGUGUGUUCAAAGCUUUGGAUAAUCAGUCUUGUUAAUUUCACAUAGAAAAUUUAAAAACUUAAAAGCAAAAAUUUUUAAAAGCUCAAUUUAACAGUUUUUUAUGGAAAUAACUGUCGUUAUCGGCCGACUAUGUUUUACUGAGAUUAGAACUAGUCAGGUCAUUUAAAAUAUAUUUUCAUAGUCAGGACACUCAUAAGGCAAAAUAUCUGCAUGUAAAACAGCUAAUGCAUAAGUUGGAAAAAAAAAAAGUUCUCAUUAGAUUUACUUUUAGUAUCAUCUUUAAUUGAUAUAUUUCAUUUUCUCUUGCUAUGUAGAGCUGUAGAGAGAGUAGAAAAACAGUUUGUGCAAACAGCACCCGUCCUAUGAUUAUUAUGAUUUGCUUCAAAAUGUGUCAGAGAGAAGUAAACUUAAAAAGAUAUAGUGGCCACAAUUGUUUACCAUUAAGACUCAUCAAAACUGAUGUGCAUGUUUUUUUUAUUUAAAACCAUAGCUAAUUGCAUUUGGUACACUUUAUAUAUAUAAAAAAAUGAGUACAAUCAUUAAUCUAGAAUCCUGUGACUUCUUUUUAAUGUUUUAACUUUACACUGUCUUUGAUGCAUAAGGAUGAUUAUCAUAUGGUAUAAAUGAGCUGCAGUUAAUGUUAUUUUGCAACUGUCCAGUUUUGGAACAGUUUUUGGCUCUUGGCUGAUUUUGAAAAUUGCCAUUUUGUAAGUAGCAAGUAUUGACUCUGUAAAUGUAAUUACGCUUGUGAAACUUGUAAAGAGUAAAAAAGAAGCAACAUACAGGAAAUAACACAAAACACCAAAUAAAGAAAUAUACAAAUCAUUGUAUAGAAAAUUACAUUUUAAAAAGUUACACUUAUUUUAACCUAUUUAGAGAUAUUGGAUCUAUUUUUUUUAAAAAAAUCUUAGUAUUAACUGUAUAAUAAUUACUAUAAUAAGUGAUGGCUGAUGGGACAAAAUCCAUUUUCUCGAAUCCAUAUCUCAAAUUUGAAUCUUAAAGAGUACCUGGAACAUACCCCUCGAAUCUGAAUCUACGUAUGUCUUAAGGGUCAAAAAUAAAAUAAUAUACUAUAUACAAGAAUUAAAAAAAAAAAAAAAAUUAACAAUGGUGUUGAAAUAUUCAUCCCUGUAAAUGUUUGUUUCACAAACUAAAUUUUCAGAAUCAACACAGAUUGUAGUUUACAUAUUACAUAUUAAAAAGUAAAAUAUCUUUGGGUAUGGGAACAGUAUUGACAUGAAGAAAAAAAUUGUACUAGUAAACUUUAGAGGUUAUCAGUGUUAAAUUUUUUUAAUUUACUUUAUUUACUCUUAAUAUUUUUUUUCUUGAAUAUGGAAUCCUAUGAAUUUGAUGGUACUUGAGGAUUUGAGUGGCUCAUCCCUAAUAAUAAUAAAAAAAUGAGAUGUUAUUUUUACAAUAAAGCUAAAUUGUCUGUAGACAGUGUUUUUAAUAUUCACUGAAGUGAAGUGGCUAUUAUUUUAAAGUGUUACCUUACACUCUUAAUAGCAGUUCGCUUUGAUAGGUUUUGUCUGUCACAGGCCCUAUUUUCGGCAGUACAGUGAUUUGAGGCUGUAAAGCCUGAGUAAAUGUUUUCACCGAGUUACAUUGACUAGAAUAUUUACUUUUUCAACUCUGGUUAGAAGUUCCUGUAAUGCCUUAAGACUUUUUAUGUCAAAAAUACAUUGUUUUCCACUUUCCACUCUACAUCUCAGUCUAUAAUACAUACAUAUUUGUCAGGCUGGUGUUUCAUUGGAAAUAUACUUCAAUAUAAACCUGUUGUGCAAUUUUGUUCAGUGAUAAAUGAAAAGCUUGCUGAAAUUUCUAUUGUCUUAAUCAAAGUAGUGCAUUUAAAAGUAGACUUUUUUUUUACCUUCAUUUGUGUUAGACUUGGUCAAGUGGAGCAAAUGCUUUGAAACUUGUGUAAUUAUUAUUUGGUAAUUUUUCAAUUUUUAUUUCACUGUGACAAAUUUAUAUUCCUUUUUUUCUACUUUUAUUUCCUCUAAGGCUAUUAUUAUUAAUUAACCCUCAAAUCUUCUUCCUCAAUAUUCAUAUUUCAACUCAUUUUAAAAUAUGUUAUUUAAAAACCUGUGAAGCACUCCAACCAUCAAUGCCCGUCUGUAAAUGAUUUAAGGUUUUUCAUGAACAUACAUGUAGACAUCAAAAUGUUAAUAAACAAAAAAUAAAUACAGGUCUGUACAUACGAAAGUCCUCUAUUUUUAAAUAUUAACAAUUUAGUGAGCUUAUCAAGAAGCAAAGGAACUCAUGGUAUUUAUACCAGCUAGUUCUGUAACUGGAACGGUGAUAGCAGCCAGCCAUUUUGGAUGCAAAGAACUGGUUAGUUUUGUAAGUUUUUGGGCACAAUAAGACCAGUUUGAAAGUGCUCAUUUCUUAAUUUCUUAUUACGUUUUUAAUUUUUUAAGGGCUCAGAAACCAUUUGAAAUAAUGAAUUUCAACCAUACCAACAUAGUUUAAAUUAAAAUACACUUAUUUAUUUUUUAAUGCACGAUUCUUGCAAGUUUUAAACUUAUAUGCAAUCCUUUUCUUUGAAUCACAAAUUUGCAUUCCUUAACCUCCAAAACAGUAAAUUAGAUCAUUUUUCUGCCACAAAUGUUAAAUUGCAUGCCCCCAAGCAAAAAAAAAAAAGAAAGUAUCUUUACUGACCACACCUAACUAAAAGCAAAGUUAUGCUUUAUGGUGUGUUCGUAGUUUGUGUUAAUGUGAACUGUUCAAAACAACUUGCAUUGUAAAAAAUCCUGGCUGUAACAUCUAUCCUAAUGUGGAAGAAUAUGUAAUUUGUUUUGAAUUCACAUUUAGUACAUAAAUGCUAGUUUUUAAUUUGUUCUUAUGUGUUUCAGUAAUGUUAACAUGUUUUUGCUAUACAAACGUUUGUUAGUGUGGCAGCAGAUAUUUUAAAUAAAAAAAUAUUGGUGGUGUUAACACUUAAAUAUGUAAAACUAGUGAUUUAUUAUAACCAAAUAGUACAGAAAUUUUUUUCUCUGUUUUGCAUAAUUUUUUUAAAAAUAAUUUCAAUUAAAUAUUUAUUAAGUUUGUUGUGUGGUAUAUGACUGCUGAAUCAUGGUAAAUCUUUUGUGACAUAUUUUAGUUCAAUCCCAGUAAUACAGGAAAUGAUGUACGCGUGGUAGCAACAAUGGAGCCGCUAAGAGUAUUGAAGGAGAUGUCUCAUAUAAAUAUUCACUUGUGUACAUUUUUAUGCAUAAAAAUAAAAUCGAAAAUUUUAGGUUUUUGUCGUCAGUACUAUUGUAAGAUGAAGUGUAGAGAUAACUUAGGUUUUGGGUACAAAAAUCCCUGUAAGAAUUUUUUUUUUUUAAUAAUUAGCUGUCUGCUAUUAUAUGUUAAUACAAUAUUUAUGUCUGUGUUUCUGUCGAGAGUUUAGUAAUACACAGAGUUGAUUUUUUUUUAAGUGAAGCAUAUUGCCAUAUGUUGUACAAUUAGCAGUGUUGAUUGUUGUAUGCAUAGAUUGUUUAGCAUAGGGGUAAGCUGAUUGUGAAUGAGAGUACUUAUGUAGGAAGCCUUUAUUAUUGUUAAUUUUUUUCUAAAGUUUUGUUUUUAUUAUAUGAUUGUCACACAUGUGCCAUUUUUCUUAAUAAAAAAAAAUGAUGUAUA